UGUUCAAGGCUGGGGACCAUGCUGCAGCUUACAGAGUAGGUACAGAGUCAGACGCAUACAGUCACACAGACAGACAGUGAACAUGGGCCAGUUACUCAGCUGGGUCCGAGCUCCUCGGGACAGUCAGACCUUACAGGAUGUGGCCGUGGAACAACAGCCUGCUUUUGACUGCUGUCAAUGCUUUAAGAACGCGCCCAAAGGUUACCAAGAGUUACCGAGUGAGUCGUUCCCACCCGAGUUGUUCCACCCCAGUUCGCAGCCCAGACAGUACUCACCCACUUCUGUGGCACAGGUCGCCGUGAAUCCAGCACAAUUUGAGAGUGCAUCUGCCGCCUCGACCAUGACUACAAAGCCAGGGGCGGUGUCCGUGACAAUGGGUGGCGCCACAGCAAGUGGUACCAAAGCGGGAGGAAGUCCUGCUACAGCAGGGACAACACAGAGAGGAACGGCCAAAGUGGUGAUACCAGAGACGGCACUUGUCUCUCCUAACGCUGCGGCAGCAGGUGCUACUAUUAUUGACAUACCAACACCUGGGACCAGAGGCAGUCCUAAAGACACCCCAACGGAAUUUGUAACAACGGUUAAUACGGCACCCAUGCACCCAGCCAAAGCUACACCUCCUACCACUGGAGGAGGCAAUAUUGUAGGGGAGGCGGCAACUCCAUGGAAAACUGAAGUACCAAAGGUCCAAGAGUCUCCGAAACAGACAGCCAAGAGUGUGUCCACCACAUCAAGCAAAGUUGACAUGGCUAAAAAGGAUCCUGCUAAGCUGGUUACGGCUGUUGCUGCACCAGCUGUCGCGGCUGGAGACGCCUCUCUGAAGGGGCCACAGACCAAGGUACAGGUGGAAGAAGGUCCCCCAGGAGCUAACGCAGCCAAAGAGGAGCUUACUGCGGACCCCUUCGAUGCCCUGGCUGAUUUCUUGCCCUCAUCAGAGCCUCUCGCCCCUGCAGCCCCUGUAUACACCGGGCCAGAGGUGAUAGAGCAUGGAUUGACCUCAAAGAAGGGAGUGAUAUGUGGGGGGAAAGACUGCCCAUUGCCCCCAGAAUACCGAUUUGAGGACACGGCCCCAGUUGCAGAUGUCAAGCCAAAAGAUGUCCCGAAACCCAUGAGCACAGAUGAGGCUCUGGACUCCCUGUCCUUUGGGUUCACAACCUCUAUGGCUCCCAUCCCUCAUAAACAGGAGAAGAAAGUGGAGGAUUUGGCUGCCAUUGAUGCCUUGUCUGCUGGCUUCUCCAACUUUGCUCCACCUCCAUCAGCUCCCAUCAAGAAAGCUGAAGAGUUUAUGUCUGCUCCUGUGACCAAGUCUCCUGCUCCCCCCGCUGACAAGAAAGCUAAGGUGGAAAAGACGGCACCCAUGCACCCAGCCAAAGCUACACCUCCUACCACUGGAGGAGGCAAUAUUGUAGGGGAGGCGGCAACUCCAUGGAAAACUGAAGUACCAAAGGUCCAAGAGUCUCCGAAACAGACAGCCAAGAGUGUGCCCACCACAUCAAGCAAAGUUGACAUGGCUAAAAAGAAUCCUGCUAAGCUGGUUACGGCUGUUGCUGCACCAGCUGUCGCGGCUGGAGACGCCUCUCUGAAGGGGCCACAGACCAAGGUACAGGUGGAAGUAGGUCCCCCAGGAGCUAACGCAGCCAAAGAGGAGCUUACUGCGGACCCCUUCGAUGCCCUGGCUGAUUUCUUGCCCUCAUCAGAGCCUCUCGCCCCUGCAGCCCCUGUAUACACCGGGCCAGAGGUGAUAGAGCAUGGAUUGACCUCAAAGAAGGGAGUGAUAUGUGGGGGGAAAGACUGCCCAUUGCCCCCAGGAUACCGAUUUGAGGACACGGCCCCAGUUGCAGAUGUCAAGCCAAAAGAUGUCCCGAAACCCAUGAGCACAGAUGAGGCUCUGGACUCCCUGUCCUUUGGGUUCACAACCUCUAUGGCUCCCAUCCCUCAUAAACAGGAGAAGAAAGUGGAGGAUUUGGCUGCCAUUGAUGCCUUGUCUGCUGGCUUCUCCAAUUUUGCUCCACCUCCAUCAGCUCCCAUCAAGAAAGCUGAAGAGUUUAUGUCUGCUCCUGUGACCAAGUCUCCUGCUCCCCCCGCUGACAAGAAAGCUAAGGUGGAAAAGACGGCACCCAUGCACCCAGCCAAAGCUACACCUCCUACCACUGGAGGAGGCAAUAUUGUAGGGGAGGCGGCAACUCCAUGGAAAACUGAAGUACCAAAGGUCCAAGAGUCUCCGAAACAGACAGCCAAGAGUGUGCCCACCACAUCAAGCAAAGUUGACAUGGCUAAAAAGGAUCCUGCUAAGCUGGUUACGGCUGUUGCUGCACCAGCUGUCGCGGCUGGAGACGCCUCUCUGAAGGGGCCACAGACCAAGAAACCCAUGAGCACAGAUGAGGCUCUGGACUCCCUGUCCUUUGGGUUCACAACCUCUAUGGCUCCCAUCCCUCAGAAACAGGACAAGAAAGUGGAGGAUUUGGCUGCCAUUGAUGCCUUGUCUGCUGGCUUCUCCAACUUUGCUCCACCUCCAUCAGCUCCCAUCAAGAAAGCUGAAGAGUUUAUGUCUGCUCCUGUGACCAAGUCUCCUGCUCCCCCCGCUGACAAGAAAGCUAAGGUGGAAAAGUUUGCUGGUGACUUCUCUCUGAUGUCAGGAUUGGACUCCCCACUGGACACCAAGCCCAAGACAGAUGAGGGUGGCUCCAUGUCUCUGGAGGCUCUCAGUGCUCUGGGAGACUCUCUGGCUGCUCCAGAACCAGCGCCUGAACCUCCCAAGAUCAGACCUGAGGACGUUGUCACGGAGGGCAAACUGACAUCGAAGAAGGGAGUGUUUGUGGGUGAGAGAGACCACACUCUCCCACCAAAGUACAGGUUCACAGAGGACAAAGUCAAAGGUCUACCUCCUCCCAAACCAGAGCCCUCCAUGGACUCUGGUGAGGCUUUGAACAUCCUGUCAGGUGACUUCAUGUCUUCCUCUGUGGCUCCAGCUGUCCAGGCUCCUGUCCUCUGCCCCCCAGCUCCUCCCACGCAGGCAUCAGAUGACUUUGCCUUGGAUGCCCUGGCAGAGGACUUUGUAGCCCCAGCUGUUGCUCCUGCUGUAAAAUCUGCUGUUGACCGCCAGCUAUCUACAGGGACAGUAGAUGCUCUAGAUACCUUGUCAGACACCCUGAUGGACAAGACUCCUAUCCCAGAGCCUGCUCCUGUCUCAGUCAGAGACAUCGUCAAGGAGAAAAAGAUUAUGGAGGAGAAGCUUAUCAAGGUGGGGGAGAGAGAUGACAGCCUUCCAGCUGAGUAUCGGCCCACAGAGAAAGACCGAAAGGCAAUGGCAGAGGCCAAAGCCCAGGCUGAUGUUAGACCCAAGCAGCCGUCGAUGGAUGACAGCGAGGCCCUCAACCUCUUGUCCAGUGACUUCUCUUCCUCAGCUGGUCCAGCUGCAGCCUCAGUAGCCGUGACAACAGAACAGAGACAGCCCAGUCUGAAGCCCAUGUCUGCCCUUGUCCUGGAUGACCUGGCAGGCACCCUGCUCCCAGAUGCCCCCGAGUUCAAAUCCAAGGAAGACAAGCCAAAGAGCAAGAGCAAGUCAAGGUCGAAGUCAAAGAAACAAAAGGAGGAGGAUCUGUCAGCCCUAGACCACCUGUCUGGACAACUGAGUUCAGACGUAGUGCCAGCAUCCACAAAUAAGGGUGGCAAGAGCUAGACCUCUAGGUUUCUAGCGCAGUACAUGUCCCCUGCCACACGGAGGCGCCACUCGAGUGAGCUGCUGUGAAUGAUGAUUCUAUUUUUCUAAAUGGUGGAGAACGUAUACUGGAUAAAAAACAAACAUGAUCACAUACUUACACACACACACACACACACACACACACAUACUGUGUGCAACGCCUUUCCUGCUUGGUUUCGCACAUGACAGAAGAAUGUACUAGUUUUGGUUUCUUUCCUUUGAGAUGAGGAGAGCAAAAUAAAGAGAGAGAACGAGAGAGCGAAAGGGAAAGAAAGAGUUUGUUCUAAUUUAUUUCCCAGGAUUGACAAUCUGUCCAAUCCUGUAAGGAAAAUGAAUUAUGGGCCUUGUCCACAAGUGGCUUGACAGACUGUCCAUCCUAGCUAACAGUCUGCAUUGCCCCAAUGUACCAGUGAAGUUGCUGCAACAUUGUUACAGUGUUGGGGUAAUAGUGAGUGUCAUCUGGGUUUAGGAACAGUAUAUAGUGGGGAUGUAGGAUCGGGAUGUCUGUCCAAUCUUGUUGUACACAGAAAAGCGAGUUUUCUAUUAAAUUGACAGCCACCAUAAGACACUAGUGUACAGCAUAGUCUGCUCAGUUUGAUGAUAACCCUUAGUUUUUCAAUAUUGAAAUGUAAAAGGAUUUACAGGAAAUGGUCUGCUUGAAACGGAUGCAUCUGAGAGCUCAUGCAAUUCUAUAUAUUUACUCUCUGUAAAGCAAUAUCUGUUAAGAAGGGUUUAUAUAUGUAUGUACUUUGCCUUCUAAAAGCAUUUAUUGGUUUCUGUAAACUGCCUUUGUUUGUAUACUGUAAAAACAUACUCUAGCUAAGACGACACUGGAUAAUUUACACAGUCCCAAGGGCUAUCACAUUGUGGUGGCAGAAAGUCCAAAGCUUUGUGGAUUAUUUUCCCAAGAUGGUAUCACAGAAUUCUACAUAUUUAGGUGCAGGUCUCAAACUUUAAACUUGAGAGAUAUUUUGGAAAUGGGAAUUGUAAUUAAAUAAAUACAAAUAUGUGAAUAAUAAUUGUGGUUUUGCUGUGUGUAUUCAGCAUUCAUGGGUCUGAAGUAACUCCUGCCGUCCUCGUAAACAGAAAAAUACUUUUUGUAGCUAAUAUGGGAUAACCAAAAUGUACUUCGCCAAUAAAUAAAUGAAUAACAAUAACAAAACAAACAAGACACGACAGUAGUAGAAUACAUUUGUGUAAGAGGGUCUUUCGGUAUAGGGAACUUACUGUAUAUUUGUGUUUCAGUUAAUGGGAAGAAUUUUAUAAUAUUUUAGAAACAUAAUAUUAGGAAAAUCUUUCACUUUUUGUACGAAGCAGCUCUGUAGUUUUGCUAAGCUUUACAAAGCUGCUUCCUCCUCUGAGCUUUGGGAACGUGUGUUCAACCUCGACUCAAGUCUUCAUUUUUUUGUGCAACGGCCUUGGGUGCUUGAGGGGUAGAAUUUGAGUAGAUUUCAAGUGUCGGAAACAAAACAUUAUAAUAAAAAUAUAUGUAGUUUUACCA